CGCGGUCUGUGCCGGGCGUAGCGGUUCGCCGCGUCUCCCUCCGGCGAUCCGUACGAUGCUGCCCUUCGACCCGCCAAGGCGGGGUGAGAGGUCGGGCGGCCAUCUUGUGGCGGCGGCGGCGGCUUGUUGUCGGUGAGGCUGCGUCGCGCCCUCCCCCGCGGGCGGAGCAGGCCCGGCGCGGGCCGGCCCGCCGCCAUGUCCUCCUUCUCGGAGUCGGCGCUGGAGAAGAAGCUGUCGGAGCUGAGCAACUCCCAGCAGAGCGUGCAGACGCUCUCGCUGUGGCUCAUCCACCACCGCAAGCACGCAGGGCCCAUCGUCUCCGUCUGGCACCGGGAGCUCCGCAAAGCAAAAUCAAGUAGGAAACUUACUUUCCUAUAUUUAGCAAACGAUGUCAUCCAGAACAGUAAGAGGAAAGGUCCUGAAUUUACUAGGGAGUUUGAAUCUGUUCUGGUGGAUGCUUUUUCUCAUGUUGCCAGAGAAGCAGAUGAGGGCUGCAAAAAGCCCUUGGAACGAUUGCUUAACAUCUGGCAAGAAAGGAGUGUGUAUGGCAGUGAGUUCAUACAGCAACUGAAACUUUCUAUGGAAGACUCCAAUAGCCCCCAAACUAAAGUUGCAGAGGAGAAGAAGUCUUUAAAGCGGACAUUUCAGCAAAUACAAGAGGAGGAAGAUGAUGAUUACCCUGGGAGCUACUCACCCCAAGACCCUAGUGCUGGGCCACUGCUGACCGAGGAUUUGAUCAAAGCCCUACAAGACCUGGAAAAUGCAGCAUCAGGAGAUGCAACAGUGCGGCAAAAAAUUGCCUCCCUGCCUCAGGAAGUUCAAGAUGUUUCAUUACUGGAGAAAAUUACAGACAAAGAGGCAGCCGAACGUCUUUCGAAGACCGUGGAUGAAGCAUGCCUGUUACUAGCAGAGUACAAUGGCCGGCUGGCAGCAGAGCUGGAGGACCGGCGCCAGCUGGCACGCAUGCUGAUCGAGUACACCCAGAAUCAGAAGGAUGUAUUAACAGAGAAGGAGAAGAAGCUAGAAGAAUAUAAACAGAAGCUUGCUCGGGUAACCCAGGUCCGCAAGGAGCUGAAAUCCCACAUCCAGAGCCUUCCAGAUCUGUCACUGCUGCCCAAUGUCACAGGAGGUCUGGCACCUCUGCCGUCUGCUGGUGACCUGUUUUCAACAGACUAGAACAAAUGGUGUCCCCCAGUUUCCAUUAUUACCAGCAGAAGUAAGAAGACUCUGGUGUUGACUGGAAAUCCAGUCUUCCAAGAUCAACAGUAGGAAGGAACUUGCAGACCCUGCUUUCAACCUCUUGGCUGCUCAUGCUCACCCUCUCUCUGUGUACAUGGGCUCACGUUGAGGGGAGGAAGAAGAGCGAGUCUUUGUGAGCUCUAAAGGGAGGGGAUAGUCCAGAUAGGCAAACUUUUCUCAUAUUUUUCCAUACUCUUUAGUUGCUGUUUGCUCUUAGCACUUGUUACCCCCAACAAAAGUCAUGAGAAUCAUGUACAUACAUACCUGGAAAGUUUCAAAGAAAGGUUGACCAUAUAACAUUUUUCCCCUGUAAAAGCAUUGUAUUAUUUCUGAAUAAGUCUUGUCUGGUUUAGCUGGGUUUCUGAACCUCAUCUCUGAGAGCAGUAGAGUGGCUGGUGGGCUUGGGGGAGGGGGGUGGUGGGGGUGGUGUACGCAGGUACUGUACCAUGUCAGUGUAAGAAGGCAUCUACUGAGCAGUGGUGCAGAGAAAUAUUUUUCUUAAAUCUACAGUUCCUCGUGCUGUUGUGGGACUGACAUGAACAUACUUCCUAUUUGGCAUGUACAUAAAUUGAAACUCACCACAGGCAAUAAAAAUAAGCAGCUUUUCUUUGUGAAUUAGACAUAGCUUCAUAAUUUACACACUGCUGAGCGAUGCAGAACUGGAUAUUACCUAAAUGAGAGUGGAAGUAAAUUUUGUUCUAGCUACCUUAGAUUUAUACCACAUUUUUCCUCUUCAUUAUACAAAAUUAGAUGGUCACAGAAGCUUUGGUGUAACGAACUGAGAGGUUGGAGUGGUGUAUUGCAACUGUUGAUAUCCCUGUGACAGGCACUGUCUGAUCUACUCUCAGGAUGGUUACAUUAAAAAUACUAUUCUAUAAAUUCUCUCCAUAGCUUUAGUGAAGCUAUUUGAUGCACAGAAGUUAAAUGUGGUAUAAAUAUUUAUUUAUAUAGAAAAUAGACCCAUAUAUAUGCACAUAUCCUGUAUGCACAUGUAUCAUGUCCAUGCAUGUAGAUAUUAGAAGGAUGUACUUAAUUUUGUGUCACAGAUUAUUGUGAGUUGAUUUUUAUAAUCAGGAAAAGUAAAAAAAAAAAAAAA